UGAACUUUAAAUGGUUUUUAUGAAUUAGUUUUGUACACUCAUAUAAUCCAAAUUAGUGUACAUUUAUCUAGGUGUCUGGAAGACGCUACUGAUUGCUACCAUCAUGGUUUAUCACUGGCAAUCUCACAAUGUCAAGCUCUCAGGAGUUGACGAUAUGGUUCUUCUGUCAACUGUUACAGACGACGCAAUCGUUGACAACCUCAAGAAGCGAUAUAUGGACGAUUAUAUAUUUACCUGUAUUGGGCCGGUUUUGGUGUCAGUCAACCCUUUUAAACAGAUGCCGUACUUUGGUGACAAGGAAAUUGAGAUGUAUCAGGGAGCUGCUCCGUUUGAAAAUCCACCCCAUAUCUAUGCAGUGGCCGAUAAUAUGUUUAGGAACUUGAUAAUAGAUGGGGAAAACCAAUGUGUGAUCAUAAGUGGAGAGUCGGGCGCAGGCAAGACAGUUGCUGCCAAGUACAUAAUGGCGUACAUCGCCCGGGUCAGUGGAGGUGGCAGUAGAGUACAGAGAGUCAAGGAUGUCAUACUACAGUCCAAUCCCCUCCUGGAGGCAUUCGGGAAUGCCAAGACAGUGCGCAACAACAACUCUAGCAGAUUUGGCAAGUAUGUGGAGAUGGAGUUUGGAGCCGGAGGUCAACCAGAGGGAGGAAAAGUAUCAAAUUUUCUUCUGGAAAAGUCACGAGUUACGUCACAAAACCCCGGAGAAAGAUCCUUCCAUAUCUUCUACCAGUUGUGCAGUGGAACGGACCAGGCAACAAAACGUGAGCUUGGUUUGGUGCAGAUAGAAUGUUUUUUAUACCUCAGCGGAGGAGGUAGUCACAAAGUGGAAGGCACAAACGAUGCUCAUGAAUUCAAUGAGACUUUGAAAGCAAUGAGUGUGAUGGGACUAGACAAGAGUCGACAGAAUGACAUAUUGCGAGCCGUGGCAGCAAUAUUGCACCUGGGCAAUAUCACGUUCACGGAAAAAGGCAACUACGCUGAGAUUGCUUCCCCACCGAGUUUACAGUUCACUGCCCACCUACUGCAAGUAGAGAAGGAGCAGCUAAGUUCUAAACUGCGCAGUCGUAAGUUUGACAGCAAGUGGGGCAAUGAAGCAGACUCAAUAGAUGUCACGCUGACACUAGAACAGGCAACUUACACAAGAGACGCACUUGCCAAAGCAAUCUACACUAGACUGUUUGACUUUCUUGUCAAGCAAGUCAAUGAAGCUAUGCAAACGAACGUAGCUGGAAACAGUAUAGGUAUCCUGGACAUAUAUGGGUUCGAGAUCUUUGAAAGGAACGGGUUCGAACAGUUUUGCAUCAAUUUUGUGAAUGAAAAACUACAACAGAUCUUCAUCCAGCUAACCUUGAAGGCUGAACAGGAGAACUGUGUGCAUUCUACCCCCUGA